UAUUUGCAGGUUUAUUUUGCUGGUUUGGGAUGCUUGAAGAAUGUUAGGGCCGCACUCUGCAGAGGAAGAGCAUUGAAAUGCAGUCGCUGUGGGAGGCCAGGUGCAACUAUUGGAUGUCGUGUUGAUCGGUGCCCAAAAACUUACCACUUGCCUUGUGCACGAGCUAAUGGUUGCAUUUUUGAUCAUCGCAAAUUUCUUAUAGCCUGCACAGAUCAUCGGCAUCUCUUCCAACCUCAUGGCAAUCAAUAUUUGCAACAGAUAAAGAAAAUGAAAGCAAAGAAAAUGAAAUUGGAAAUAAGGAAGGUGUCAAAUGAUGCUUGCCGGAAAGAUCUUGAAGCAGAAGAAAAGUGGUUGGAACACUGUGGUGAGGAUGAAGAGUUCUUGAAACGGGAGAGCAAGAGGCUCCAUCGAGAUAUAUUGAGAAUUGCACCUGUGUAUAUUGGAGGCCCGGGCUCUGAAGGUGAGAAACUAUUUCAGGGUUGGGAGUCUGUUGCUGUUCAAGAUGUCAUCCGGUGCUUGAAGGAGGUUGUCAUCUUACCCUUACUGUAUCCUGAGUUCUUUAAUAAUCUGGGGCUUACGCCUCCUAGAGGUGUUCUUUUGCAUGGUUACCCUGGAACGGGCAAAACUCUGGUAGUGCGGGCAUUAAUUGGAUCAUGUGCUCGUGGUGAUAAGAGGAUAGCAUACUUCGCACGGAAAGGUGCAGAUUGUUUAGGAAAGUAUGUUGGUGAUGCUGAGCGCCAGCUGAGACUCUUGUUUCAGGUUGCUGAGAGAUCUCAACCUUCUAUCAUAUUCUUUGAUGAGAUAGAUGGAUUGGCACCUUGUCGUACAAGGCAGCAAGAUCAGACACAUAGUUCAGUUGUGUCCACUUUGCUUGCUCUAUUGGAUGGUUUAAAAUCUCGAGGUUCAGUUGUAGUAAUCGGUGCAACAAAUCGUCCUGAGGCUAUUGAUCCAGCUUUAAGACGGCCUGGAAGAUUUGAUAGGGAGAUCUAUUUUCCUCUGCCAUCAGUCAAGGAUAGAAUUUCUAUUCUCUCACUGCACACACAAAGAUGGCCGAAACCAGUUACCGGACCCUUGCUUAAUUGGAUUGCAAGAAAAACUGCAGGCUUUGCUGGGGCUGAUCUGCAGGCUCUUUGUACUCAAGCAGCCAUUAUUGCUUUGAAGAGGAACUGCCCCUUUCAAGAACUUGUGUCUCAUGCUGGAGAGAAAGCUCCUGAUGGUAAUCGCUAUCCCCUUCCCUCCUUUGCAGUGGAGGAGAGGGAUUGGUUGGAGGCUCUUUCAUGUGCUCCACCCCCCUGCUCUCGUAGAGAAGCAGGUAUGUCUGCAAAUGAAGUAGUAUCCUCUCCACUUCCCACCCAUCUUAUAUCUUGUCUACUUCGACCACUAUCCAGCCUGCUUGUUUCCCUGUAUCUUGAUGAAUGCCUCUAUUUACCUCCUCUUCUUUACAAAGCUGCAAAAAUGAUUAAAAAUGUCAUUGUUGGUGCUUUGAGGAAGAAGAAAAUGCCUAAUGAUCAUUGGUGGGCCCAAGUUAAUGAUUUGCUUCAAAAGGCAGAUGUUAUAAAGGAGAUAGAAAGGAACCUGUCAUGUCUUGGCAUUUUAAUUGGAGAGGCUGGUUUUCCAUUUUCUGAUGCUUUAAAUGAUGAUACUGAUGAAGACAGGGUGAGGUUUGACCCUUCGAGGGCAUACCACAAUGGAAUUCACACUACUUUGUUGCAAAAUAUUUCGUAUACAUCAGGAAAGAAAUCAGGAUUUCGCAUAUUGGUUGCUGGGAGUCCCCGGUCAGGCCAGAGGCAUCUUGCUUCUUGUAUUCUCCACUGUUUUGUUGGGAAUGUUGAAAUUCAAAAGGUUGAUUUGGCUACAAUUUCACAGGAAGGACGCGGAGAUGUACUAGAAGGGCUAACAAGAAUAUUGAUGAAAUGCACUAGUGUGGGUUCAUGCAUGCUAUUCUUGCCUAGAAUUGAUUUGUGGGCUAUAGAGACAUCUGAUCAAGAUGAUGAAGAGUGUUCCUCUUCAACAAACCAUCAAUCAUCUGAGGAAGAAUUCUGUAUAACAAACAGUCAAGUUGUUGAAAAGGAAAAUGUAUCCGGUCCAAGGGCAUGCAAAUCUGCUGAGACAGGAGUGCCUGAAGAUGUUUUGCAGAGAGCUUCACAUGCAUGGAGGUCGUUUAUUGAGCAGGUGGAUUCCAUGUGUGUGUCCACGUCUUUGAUGAUUCUGGCUACUUCAGAUGUGCCAUAUGCAGCAUUGCCUAAAAGAAUAAGGGAGUUUUUCAAGACUGAUAUAUUGAACUACAGUUGUUCAGCUUCUUCGGAACACACUGUACCCCAAUUCUCUGUGCAGGUUGAUGGGAACUUCAAUCGUGAUACGUUGAUUGAUUCAUCAGCAACAGAAUUGUCGAGGGAUUUGGUUCAGCAGUUUGUUCAGUUGAUUCAUCAUAGAACUCACAUUCUUACAAGUGUUUUCGAGGAGUACAAAGCUUGUGAUACAGGUCAAGGUAAUAAAGAUAUGGUAUAUCAUGGUGCAGAUCAUGUACUGGUCAAUGAAGGUGAGGAUAGAGCUCAGUGUCCUGAAGAAUCUGUUGCAAAGGUCCCAUCUCCACCAAACAGUAGAACUGUGAAAGGGAAAUCAAACCUGUUAUUAGCAAUAUCUACAUUUGGCUAUCAAAUGCUUCGAUAUCCUCAUUUUGCUGAACUUUGUUGGGUCACAUCCAAACUCAAAGAUGGUCCCUGUGCAGACAUAAAUGGACCAUGGAAAGGCUGGCCAUUCAAUUCUUGUAUUAUUCGUCCUAGUAACUCAUUAGAAAAGGUAGCUGUCGCUUGUACCAGCAAUACUAAAAGCAAAGAAAAAUUUGGUCUAGUUAGGGGCCUAGUUGCCGUUGGUUUAUCAGCAUACAGAGGUGCAUAUGUAUCACUUAGAGAAGUUUCCCUUGAGGUUCGAAAGGUUCUGGAGCUCCUGGUCGAUCAAAUUAAUGCUAAAAUUCAAUCUGGAAAAGAUAGAUAUGAAUUUGGUCGUAUUUUGUCACAAGUGGCUUGCUUGGAAGAUAUGGUCAAUAGCUGGGUAUACACACUACAGAGUUUAGAGGUGGACGGUCAAAUGACAGUGGUAAACCCUAAGCCUGGUACUGUAGGAUCUUCAAGCUAUGCAUGGGAUGAUGUGGAUAAUCUAAUCGAAAGCAAGGAAUGUGGACCAAAUGUUUCUAACAGAAGCUCACAUGAAGGAGAAGUACCAGAAGAAAGGCCUGAAGGAUUUACUUCUGAAAAUACUGGAUGUGUUAAUUUGCACAAAGGAGAUGUCAAUUCUGGUGAUCCUAAUCUGAAGGAGGGAGUUCCAAUCUCAGAAAAGUCUCCACUUCAAACAGCCUUCUUGACUGAUUCUGCCCCUGUCGAACAAUUUCAGAGUUCUUUGGCUGCCAACUUUUUGGAUGGUAAAGUUCCAAACAUGCAUGAUGGGACUUCUAAAUCAUUCAAGUCAGAAAAUUCUGUGAAGUGUAUGGUGAAUAAGGGAGAUUCUGGACUCUGGAGACAGUCUAAUGGAUUUGCAUUCGUGGAACCCGUGGUCCAUUCUGAAGAUUCCCUAUGUAGUGCAGGUGAAUUGAGUGGCCUUAAGUCGUCUAGCUGUGGAAAGUUUUGCAACCAGUUCAAUGGUUUAUCCAUGGCGGAGACUGAUAUUCCACCUCCAGAUGGUAAGUCUAUCCCUGAUGAGCCUAUUGUCAAUGUCAACGUCUCUUCAAUCAAAACUACAAAUAUUGCAGCUGAUUCAGGGGUCAUUUGUUUGUAUCGUUGUUGUGCUGAAUGCCUGUAUACCCUCCAUAGUUUGAUGCAGAAAAUUCUCAUUCGUGAAUGGGAAGUGAAUGGGACCUAUCGGACGGUAGAGGAUGUUCAUGAUGUUGUUGCAUCAUUAUCUGUUGAUCUUCUUUCAGCAGUUAGAAAAAAUUAUGCUGCUGAAAGUUUCGGCAAUUUAUUUGACAAAAAGACGAGACAAGAAAAUCAUGGCAAAUUGUCUGAAUGUCAGGAAAUGAGCAUAUGUCAGUGUAAAAAUUCCGGAAAUAGGUUAGUAAUGCCAAUUGAAUGUAGUUGUCACUCAUUAAACAAGAGUUUGUCUGCAAAAGCAAAUCCUUCUCGCCAGCUUGAUUUAAAAUUCAUCUACAGAGAUGGUGUACUGGUCCCUAUAGAUCUUGACAAGGAUGUUUCUUUUCACUGUAAAUUCGAGACUUUGUGCCUUUGUUCUCUUAUAGAGUGGAUAGUAAUGACCAAGCAACCUUUUGAUUGAUAUGAUGUUGUCACAGCUUGGGUUGGUCUUUGCCUUGGCAAUAUUUGGUUAUCAUUGCGGAAUUUAGGUGUGGAACUUCCCUUGAGAGAUGUAAAAAAUCACAAUUUUGUCGAGUUUCAGUUCAAUCCAGUUCCUCCUCUUCUUACAUGAGCAGCAAUUUAAGGGCAUUGCUUUAUUUUUCCUUUUCUUGCUACACAGUCCUCCAAAGCUUUUGACUCUCUGGGUCGAAAUCUGCACCUUGUAAGUACCAUUUGGGGUUUUUCCUUUGGUUGAUUUUAUUGGAACUAUAUAUAAAUAUUUACUGGCUUCAUAUGUUAAAUGCCUUCGUUAAA